CUGUAGUGACAGCACUGACGUCUUCGUAAAACCCGGCAAUAAUAGCAACAUGGCCAGGUCGCGAUUCGGUUGGAACGCGUGUAUGAGACACGCCCCAAGUACCUUCUUUUCGAAUUAUGUCCCUCAAAUACGGUGCCUUCGUAACAUUGGCAUUUUCUUCGUCAUAGAGUUGGUAGAGCUUAUCAGCUCUUAAACCAUCGGCUGAAAUAGAAUAUUGAUUAUUUGACAGUAUGGUUACCAAAGUUUGUUUAUGCACUAUUACUUGCCUACGAAUAGGAACAGUCGGUCGGCAGGUGGUUCCAACUCAACGGCAUGAGGAGUCAUUCCAUGAACCAGAGGGGAUGUGAAAUAAAUAUCAAAGAUACUCCAUAGAUAGACUAGAUGGAACACAACGCCCACUAGGAGGAGGGCAUUGCGAGAGCGCAUCUGUGACAAAGUUCGAAAUGGACAAGUUCUGGAGUAAUUCUACUGAGACGUGCCACGUUCUGGGACUGUGGCUUGUCACAGCGGAUUUCAAUUCUUCGUGCAAAAAAGGGCAGGCUCAGAACAAAGCUUCGCGGCAGCCAGCGUACAUCACCACUUUCAUUAUGCCAGAGUUUGAUGCUUUUCGAGUGAAGGCACAAGCUGCACUUCGACAAUGCUUGACGGAAACGCAAGCGCAUCGCGUUAAAACUGGAGUACAGGACGUUCCUUCGUCCAUACUUCAAUCUCUAAUCGAGCAGCACAUGGUACCUCUCACAGGCCCGGAUAACGGUGCUAACGUGCAACUUUCACCUGAAACUAAAUACGACUGGAGGAAGAACGCACUCGAAUUGAUAUAUAGACAGGAACUGUACGAUAUUGUGAUCUCCCACAGCGAACCCACUGAUCAGCUUUUCCAGCGACUGUACGAUUGCCUAGAUAUUGUACUUGUCUCCACUGAUAAAGGCCUUGUCGAACAAGUCACUGUUCUGACUUUGAUUGAGGAGCUUCUUGAGCAACAAACCAUCCCGGGCUGUGAGAAGAUUUUUGAUUAUAUUGAGUCAAGGAAACCGAAAUUGACAGUGGGCAUGAUGCCUGGUAAAGGCAAAGGACUGGUCUUACUUCGAAUGUGUAAUGAAAUGCUCCGUAGACUAUCGAAGAACAUGAGCACUGUAUUUUGCGGUCGAAUUCUGAUGUUCUUGGCAAAUUCCUUCUCGCUAGGAGAACGAUCCGGCGUCAACUUGCGAGGUGAAUUCAACGUAGAAAAUGUUGUGAAAUAUGAUUCAGAAGAGGAGUUGAAGAAUGAUACAAAGAUGACAGAGGAACAAAAAGCCUUUUAUACAUUGUUUUGGUCGACACAAAGUUACUUGACCAACCCACCUUCUAUUUUUGCUGACACUAACUACGAAAAGUUCAAAGAGGGCGCAGAAACCACAAUCUCAAAAUUCAACGACAUGUCUCAGCGCGAAGCGGUUGUUGCUGGCUCAACGGCUGAUCAUCAUGGAAAAGAACCUACUUCUCGCAAACGGUCCGCCAGUGAAAUGGAUGUUGACGACACAUUUUCUGAUGAAGCGAUACGGGAUGUUUAUAAUGAUUAUUUCUUCCCAAAGUUCUUGACUAGCAGAGAACUCCUUGAAUUGGAGCUGGAGGACGUUAGCUUUCGUCGCACCGUUCUUGUUCAGUUUUUGAUUGCAUUCCAAUACCUUGAAGGACAUAGUAACAAAGAAAUCGAAAAAACUCAGGCAAUACUCACUUCUAAAAACGCAAAGUCUCUUGCCACACAAACCUUGCCCAAGCUGACGGAAGAGCAGGAAUCAUGGAUAACGGACAUACGCACGCGUGUUUUGAAGGAGCUUCAAGCAUCCAAUCCUCAUGGCAAGGAAUACACGCGAAUCGUUGAACUGGUUCUCGAGCAUGAGAAAAAUUGGAUUAUAUGGAAAGCUGCUUCUUGUCCGCCGUUUGAGAUGCCUCCUGUGAACCCCAAUGAAUUCACUGAGCUUGUAAACUCCAAACGAAGAAGGCUUACGGCAACCUUACCACCAUAUCGAUAUGCGUGGGGUAAUAUGGAAAUCACGAAUCUGUAUCAUAGAACACUUGGACGAGAUUUGACAGCAAUAAUAAGUGAGAUGCCAGAUCUACCUUCUGCGAAAGAAUACUUGAACGAUGUUUUACCUCGUCUUCAAAAUUCGAAAGCAAGCGUCGAGGCCCGUUAUGAACUUGCCAAUGCAAUAUUGUUCCAGGUUAUGAGAUUGCUUUUUUUGAAGGAGGCACAUUUAGUUUCCAAAGUGUUUUUAGCCAAGAAGGAGCUCAUGAAAACAUCACGAGAUAAGGCUAUCAAAGCCAGCGAAGCGGAUGGUGAAGCAUCAGAAGACAGAAAAGCCGGUGAUGCCAACGGUAUAACGGAAAAAUCUGUCGAAAUAGAAAUCAAGGUCUUGGAACAAGCAAGAAAAAUAAUCAAUGACGAUGAAGAAGCGAAGCGUGCAGCUGAAGCCAAGCUGGACAAAAAUGGAACGCCCAGUCCUCAGAUUCCGACUGUCGCAGUACAGAAUAGCCCUUCGUUGUCGUUGCCUAUAGAGGAUGUCAAACCCACAGAACCAGAUGCCACGGAGAGCAAGGAGACUACCGAAACUGCAGAAGCUACUGAAAAGGAGACGGAAAAGCCUUUAGAGCAGCCAAGCACGGUGGAGAUCAAGGAACCUUCGAAUGAACAAACGGAACCCUCGACCGAGCCUAUGGACACGGAUCCAAAAGCACAAGACGAAAAGCCAACGUCAAAGAUGUCACCCAAGGACAGUGCUAUGCAAGAGGCUAUGGAAGCUGAUAAUGUCGCGGCUAAAAACGAUGAAACAGCCUUAGACGAUAGCGGUCAUGUAAAUGAAGAUCAAUCCAAACAAGUAGAUUAAUAAAAUAAUCGUCACAGCCCCUGCUCUGCUGUGCGAACCUACCUUACCAAUUAACA